CUGCUGAAACAAGUUGACCUCCAUCUUCAUCUGAUCUUUUGUCUCUCCUAACACAAAAAGGAGAUGGCUGCUUGCUUGGUCGCGAAAACAUCAAUGUUUGGAAGUGAGCUAGAAAAAUGCACACAUGUGGAACAGCUAGCUGUGGUGAGGCUGGACCUGUGAUCAUAACAAUAACACGCUCUCGAGACCGGAGUGGAGUUGAGUAUUCUCUGCUCGAGCUCAAAUGGUGGCACGUGGAAUUAAUAAACAAUAGAGUAAUUAAUGUUAUAUGAUGGGAGUGGCCAAAAAGGUCCCUCAGCUUUAUAUUGAAGUCCUCAAAUCUCGUUUAUUUUCAGUCAGUCGAAGGAAUCGAAGCCCAACGAAGACUUAUUUACGCGACUCGAAAGGUCACAGGAAGCUGUUGUGAGGCAUCAUGGAAGAGGAUCUUGACCUGGAGCGCCGCCGAGAGCUCAGGAGGCAGCGCAGGGAGGAGAUGCGUCUGGAGUCAGAGAAGUCAGGCCAGGCCAAUGAGGAGGAUGAGGCAGCACGAGAGCAAAGGAGACAGGCCCGUAUGGAGAGACUACGCAACAGAGACAACGAGGAGUCCAGCAGACUAGCUCUAGACAAGGCCCUGGUCAUCUGCAUCAGACUAACUCUAGACAAGGCCCUGGUCUUCUGCAUCAGACUAGCUCUAGACAAGGCCCUGGUCAUCUGCAACACAUGUGCAACUUCAGGAAAGGAAAAUGAGGAAAAGGCUGACAAAGAGGUAGGAAGCGCAACGUUAGACAAAACAGAAGUCCACGAUGACUCCUCAAAGACAGAAGAAGAAUCUGUGGCGCCAGCAGUAGAAGCUGUGGUGGAGGACACAGCAACGCCUGAAGAACCAGCCGAGGUGAACAAGGAGGAAAUCAAGCCUGCUGUGGAGAUUGUAGUGGAAACACCAUCGACUCCAGUGAGCGUAGACGUACAAGAAAAGCCCAAGGCAGAGGUUGAGGAAAAACCCAAAACAACCCAAAAGGAGCCAGAGAAAAAGUCGGAAAAAUUGGAGGAGAAACCUCAACUGGUCAAGAAAGAGCCAGAGGAGAAACCUCAACUGGUCACGAAAGAGCCAGAGGAGAAACCUCAACUGGUCAAGAAAGAGCCAGAGAAGAAAGCAGAAAAGGUGGAGGACAAAGUGCCCAAAUGGAAGAAAGAGCCAGAGAAGAAACGUGUGAAGACUGAAGCCCCAGUGCCCAAAUGGAAACAAGAGGCUGAAGAGAAGCAGAAAGCUAAGAAAGAGGUCGAGGAGAAACAGUUCCCUCCGAAGAAAGUGGAGGAGAAAGAAGUGCCACUCAAGAAAGUAGAAGAGAAAGCAGUGGUCCCGAAGAAGGAGGCCGAGGAGAAACCCAAAUGGAAGAGGGAGGUGGAGGAAAAGACAUCUCAACUUAAGAAAGAGGAGACUGUUGAGGAAAAGCGAAAGCCAGCCUUCCUGCAGUGUGUGAAUCAGAACCUCAAACAACAAAAUGGAGGUCUUCCUGACCCCACAAAGCUGAAGAAACCAGAGAAAAUGCCAAGGUCAGACAAAGUAAUGUACAAACCUAAUAUAAUUUCAUGCAUGCAUGAUGGUGUGUACAUCUUCAUAGGCAUAUUAAGCCAUGAGCAGGAGAGCCAGGAGUUCCAGAGAUCAUGCUGGCACACCGGGCGGGAGUAUGAGCUGGAGGAGCUGAAGAGGAAGAGGGAGGAGAGGAAGAGGAUGCAGGAGGAGGAGGAGAGACAGAGGAAGCAGGAGCUGGCUGACAAGAAGGCCAAAGAGGAGGAGGAGAAGAGGAGGCUGAAGGAGGAGAUUGAGAAGAGGAGAGCAGAGGCGGCAGAGAAACGGCAGAAAGGGGAGGCACCAGAAGCGGAGGCAAAGAUGCCCUUCAAGUGUGUUGGCACCAAGGGCCCUGCCUCAAAGAUUGGGGUGAAAGCUGAAUUUUUGAACAAGUCUGCACAGAAGAGCAGUUCUGUGAGGCCAACUCAUAAUGUCUCACCCAUUGUGACCAAGAUAGGCAACAGAAUGGAGCAGUUCACGUCCGCAGCUCAGGGCAGCAAAGAGCCGCGGUCUCCAAAGUCCCCCCUGGUGGACGCUCCAGGAGAGGCAGGCGUGCGGAAUAUCAAGAGCAUGUGGGAGAAGAGCAAUGCGCAGAGCUCCCCAACAAGCCCCCUGCCAGUCCAGCAGAACGCAGUGAGCAAGGAAACAUCUGGGAUGAAGACAGGUGUGACAGGUCAGCUCAACAGCUGGAAGACCAAAGCCCCAGAGCCUGAGAAGGCAGCGCCAGCAAAACCUGCUCAGGAUCCCAAACGAGCUGACGUCACCAAACCACGUAGUCUGUGGGAAAACAAGAGCUCCACCCCAGGCCGAGUGGCCUUUGGAAAGAAAUAAGUCCUGAGUGGUAAUAAGUCCUGAGUGGUCAGAGAACACAAGACAGACUUCAAGGGCAGACAAUCAACAGAAAUAUCAUCACUACAGUCACCAGACAGCAGAUGAGAAGCACUAACAGGACUUUACUAUCCACAAUUCAUGGAAAACUGAUUACAACCAAACGAGAGGAAAAUUUAGGAUAUUUCGAUUUACAGCCACAUAACACAAUAUAGUGCCAGCGAACAGUAUGUUACCUAUUGAAGAUGUCUGGUUUAUUUUUCAACCAUUUUGCUUCUGAUGCAUAUCAGUCUCUGAUUCCAUUUAUUGCCUCUUAACUGUCUGGUGCAGAUGAUCAUGGGCCUCUAAACCGCUGGCAGAGCUGCUCACUGAAUGUCUUAUCUGUCUUGCGAUGAUCUGCCACAGCUCAAUGCUUCAUUUCAUACAACCAAUCACUCCUACAGAAUGAAUGACAGCUCGACACCACAUUGUAAUUGGCACUGGAUAAUUACCUUGACGCUUUGAAAAUAAGUGACUUUGUAGUUUCUCAGUGUUGAGCUCUCAUAGCAUGCUUAGCGCUAGUUUCAUUAUGCCACUGCAUGCAGAAUAAGUGCUGGCUGCCACUGCAUCAAUAAAGACUGUUGCAGUACAACAAGCCCAUUGCGUUCACAGUGCUUAUAACUGUAUCUCACUCACAGAUAUAUGUACGACAAGCUUACCGCAGUUAUAUGCAACUAGGAAGAACACUUUUGCAGAAACAGACAACCUGAUUAGAG